CACUGCUUUUUUUUCAGACUCUGUCACUCUUGUCUUACCACUCCAGUCCCCCAGGCUAGCAGAGUGGGCACUGGAGGGGCUCAUCCAGCUCUUGCAUUCUGGCACCUGUUGUACCCUUUGCCUAGUUGCAAUUCCAUGCAGCCCAAGGCUGGGGACACCUGGAAGAAACAGUAAGAGGGAAGAGGUUUUGGGCAGUUUAAUUCUUGAAGGAAACAAAAUUCUUCUUCUUGCCCUGCCUAUUCUUCUUUCUUGAAUGAUUGCUCUUGAGAACCGUGAAUGAUCAACAGACAGCAUGCAUUGGAAAACUGGAUUAACAGUUUUGAUCAUUUGCCUUGCUCUCCAAGUUGAGGGAAGCAGAGAUAUCCCUAAUAAAGUAAACCGCAGUGAAGCCAAACAGCUUGCAGAAGCCUCAGGGUCAGACAAAACAGAGAGAACAACAAAGAGGUCCAGAAUCUCAACCAUCAGGCGGAUAUUUGACAUGGCAAAACACCGAACAAAGAGGUCAUCCUUUCUCUCAACCGGUGUGAAAGUUUGCCCUCAAGAAUCAGUGAAGCAGAUUUUAGCCAGUCACCAAGCUUACUACAGGCUGAGAGUCUGCCAGGAAGCCGUGUGGGAAGCCUUCCGCAUUUUCCUGGACCGGAUUCCCGACACCUCCGAAUAUCAGAACUGGGUCACUGCCUGCCAGAGGGAAACCUUCUGCAUAUUCGACAUCGGCAAAAACUUCAGCAACUCCCAGGAGCACCUGGAAAUAAUCCAGAGGAGAGUAAAACACAGAAGCUUCCCAGAAAGGAAAGAUGAAAUAUCCACGGAGAAAACAGGUGGCAAAAAGCUGGAAGACAUUCCUUCCAUUUCCACAGGUUCCCCUGGCACAGCCCUCUCUCCAUAUGCACCAGUACCUACCGGCACACUGCUCAAUGAAAUUGUUAACGACACAAAGACGCCUGUGAAGGAACUAGGAACAAAUACAGUCCCAGAGCUGCCUGUGGAGCAAAUGGUAGAAUUCAGUGUCACUCUGACUGAUCAGGAGUUCACACCUGAGCUGAACGACCCUGACUCCCCGCAGUACCGACAACUAGCCGCCAAGUUUCAGCGGCAGAUGCAAAAAAUCUUUGAGAAACUUCCAGGAUUCAAAGAGAUCCACGUUUUAGGAUUUAAACAGAAGAAGGAGAAAGAUGGCUCCAGCAGCACCGUGGCACGAUACGUGGUGAACUUCGAGAGAGACGGCUCCGAGACCAGAAGCACAGCAGAUGACAUCUCCACUAUUGGAUCUAACAAGGUUGAAAAUGAAAAAACCCCACUUGCUCCCAAGGACGAGAGGGAGAUCUCAGCAAGCAAACUGACAGUGACAGACCUUCAGCAACUGGUUGCCAUAGCACUCCACGAAGACCAGUCCCUGCCAAUGGACCUUGGAACGCUUCAGUUUACUGACGACUCUAUUCUACCCUCUAGUGAUUUUGAUAAUGAUAUCCAAGCUGUGGUCACUAUUCCUCUGGCAGGCCCUGAUGUGGACUCUAUGAGUGUGGAACUCCCACUAGGCUAUCCCAGCCCAGCAACAGUGGACCAAACAGGAGACAUCUCAGGCAGUGAAUUUACAACUACGCUAAGUGGAGACAUCAGUGCCCCUGAGGACUUCAAUAACUUUGUUUCAUUGGAACCUGUCUUCCCUACCAAACCCUCCAGAGGACCAUUUCUGGGCAAAUCUCCUUCCUACACAGAAGGCUACCAAAGUUUCACAGUGCCUUUCAAUGUUCUGGGUAGUACUACUGGUCCUCCAAGGCCAGAAGGUUCCUAUUUGCCUCCUCCAGCAGAUGAUUCUGCUAGCAAUGACUUAAUCACCAAUGACUACCAACCUCCAGUGGACCAGGCAGGUACCUUUACCCCACCUAUUCUCCUGCGACCUGAAGAUGAGAUUAGUGAAUCAGAGGAAGCUGACCAAGAGGCUCUGUCUGAACAAGCAGUUAAGAUCAUGGAUGAAGAUGAACCAUCGGGUGACGGCAGUUCGGUUACCGCCGGCAUUUCCGACACGCUGCCUUUCGUCAUCGGGUCCCGCGACCUCGCUACCACGCAGCCCGAAGAUGUCAUUGCCUACGUGUUACCAUCAGACCAAAGGGCACUGCUGCCUGCAGCAACCAGCCCCUCCUACUCUGAGAUCAUCGAACAGUCCAUGGAGCUCCCAGAUUCCUCAGUGCCCGCAGCUGGGAGCGCUCCUCCCGGGACAGGAGUGCAGGACAUGGCAGCCGAGUUAGACCACAUCGGUUUGCUGAGCACGGCAGCACUGGAGGAAGCGGAGCAUGGUAGUGGUUAUAUCUCAGUGCUGACCACUGAGCCUGCAGGAGCCACCCCAGCUCCUACACUGAAGUAUGUCACUACCAGCUCCAUGACAACCGCAGCCAAAGGCAAAGAACUGGUGGUUUUCUUCAGCCUGAGGGUAACCAACAUGCACUUUUCCGAUGACCUCUUCAAUAGGAGUUCGGCAGAAUACAAAGCUCUAGAACAACAGUUCGUGCAACUGCUACUUCCAUACCUUCAGUCCAACCUCACAGGUUUUAAGCACCUGGAAAUACUUAACUUCAGGAACGGAAGUGUGAUUGUGAACAGCAAAAUGAAAUUUGCCAGGACUGUGCCAUACAAUAUCACAGAGGCAGUACACUGUGUUUUGGAGGACUUCUGUGAUGCUGCAGCCCAGCAUCUCAACUUGGAGAUUGACAGCUACUCGCUGGACAUUGAGCCAGCUGAUCAGGCAGACCCCUGCAAAUUCAUGGCAUGUGACGAGUUUUCUGAGUGCAUAAUGAACGAGUGGACAAAAGAGGCUGACUGCCUUUGCAAACCUGGCUAUGCCAGCCAAGAUGGACUGCCCUGCCGGAGCCUGUGUGAGCUGGAGCCACAUCUCUGCAUCAACGGUGGGAAAUGUGAGUUAGUGCCAGGAAGAGGAGCUGUCUGCAGAUGCCCUGCACGCAGACAUCAGCUUUACCAAGGACAGCGCUGUGCAAAAUUUGCUCCAGAACCCAAACAGCCCUUCACUUCUAAACCUCUUACUCUUGGCUUAGUAAGCCUUGUUUUUCUUGCCAUCAUUUUAAUUAUUAAGUUAAGAAGAAAAUGCAAAAGCAACUCUAAUUUUCAAAGUUCUGCUCUCACCAGCAGCAGUUCAGAAAAUGCCAUCAGGAUUAAUCCUGCUUUUGAACACGAUGAGCCCAUAACUAGCUUUUGUCACACGGCUUGCAGCGUAAGUGCUUGUGUCAGCUCCUCAGAGAUCACUGAUCACCAGGCCUUACAGGAGCCUGAAAACACAAUUCAGCAUGGAGAUCCCCAGAGCAGGACCAGUUUACAAAGCCAGGACUGACAAGUUAGUCUCCAAGGCUCUUUGUUUCCAGCACCAGCCAGACAAACCCAAGGUAUUCACAAAAGAAGGCCUGCAUUAUUCAAGACUGGACUUCAGGUUGAUUAAGCAUAUGAACAAACUUCAAGCAUUCCUAAAGAUCU